UGAGGCGUCAGUAUAAGAGCAGUGUGAUAUGACGUCACGAAUAUGGUUGUUUACAAAAGGUGGCAAAUUCUCGAAGUUGUCGUGUACAAUGAUAAUUGGUAAUGCUAAUAUUCUCAUUUGUUGAAAUGAGAGUUAAAAUUGCUUUGUAACAUUCUGUGAAAAAUUUCCCUUCCACAAUGCCAAAAAGAAAGUUUGAUUCCGAUGGUGACAGUGAUAACCUGUCAGUGCCUCUUCCAAUCCAAACAUUUUUUUGGAGACAAACCAGCCCAUUUAUUAGACCAAAGACUGGUAAAGUUCAAGAGGCAUCAUGUAUGGAACAAAGGGAAGCAUGCAAGGUAUUUGAAAAAGUUCUUGUGCAAAAUAUACAGUUUGGUCUAUCCCCAAGUUUAACCGAGGCAAUAAAGAGCAUCAGCAGAUGGCGUCUGAUACAAGCUUCCUUACCAUAUGUCAUGCACUGUUGUGCUGCCCUUCUGUAUAACAGGAAAGAUUCCUGCACAGAGAAACUGGGAUCUGCUGAGACGAAGCUUCUUUACACUUUACAUUGGAUUUUAUUGGAUGCUGCUGAGGAAUGUAUGGAUGCUGAAAUAGACCGAGGGAUUAUACGUCCCCCUGGUCAUUAUCUUUUUUCCAUCACAACCAUGCAGGUUUUUGUAUACCUUUUUGCUCCCUUGAUGGAAUGCCUCAAUCAUUCAGACUUUCUAACCAGUUUCCGUUUAGAGAAUGGAUUGAAGCUCUGGGAACCAUUUUGGGAAUACCGACAUCCAGAUGUUGGCUGUUUCACCUCUCAUGUUCGGCCUAGACGAACAUUUUUAAAGGCUAACAGAAACAAAAAUGCACACACUAAAUUUGGAGAUGUUUUCCUUGGAGCAGAGGAUAGAAAUAGUAUGGAGCUUAUAAAAAAUAUGGUGUGCCAGGUCACAAUUACAAGUCCUGAGAAAAUGGAUUCAGGUCCAGCAGUGUUGCCAGAAGAAACACUGUCUUCAGAAGGACUUUCUCAGAAUGUUUGUGAUGUGUGUCAGACAGAACCCAGCACACAAAAUGGUUCAGAACAGAGCACUUGUAAGUGUGGUAAGCUAAGUAUUAGUGAAUCCGCUCCUGGAACUUCUACUGAUCAGAAAGAUGGUGCCUCAAAAAAAGCUUUUCCUUUAAAACCUACACUCUCAGAUGUUUCUAUGGCAACCUAUUUAGAUGUGGCUGUUCUAAGGUGCCUGUUCAUCUCCCAGUGGCUUGAAGAAGGUGUAUAUUGGGCAUUUCAAUUUCUAUAUAACCGUUUGCGAGAUAUAGCUGAGGAGCAAAGUCAAGACUGGAAACCUCGAAAAAGAAGCAGUUCCCUUCCAAUUCCCACAAUUGAAAUUUCUUUUUAUCAAUCUCCUGAGCAAAAACGAAGGGAGUUUGGAGAUACCUUUUCAGAUGGAGACAAAAUGUGUGGAGUUGAGUCACCUUUUCCCCCACCCAGUCACCACAGCAGCAUGCAGGAACUCAGGCAUUCCUCAUUGAGUGGCCCUUCAGACAAGCCCAAGCAGAAACGAAUGAAGAUUGGGGAUUUCAGAGCAUUUGUAGAAGAAAAGCUUCGUCUCUCUGAGCGUCUUCUCGAUAAACUCACCAAGGAUGAUAGUCGAAGUUCAUCUAUUUCUGAAGACCAAGAUGUAGCACUGAUUAUAGAUACAGAGAAUAUGACUUGUGAAAGUAAAGAUGCUUUACCUUUAGUUAAGAAUCCUCGUCCUCAGUCAGCUUUAGCUAUGAUUGGAGACAAGUCUUCAAAGUCAGAAAACUCAGCUUCUGCUUUCAAGUCUGAAAUGAUAAGAGGAAAGAGUUUACCAAGUUUACACCUGGUGAUAGAAAAACCAACUGCAGAAAUAAUGUCCAAACUUGGGAAGCUUGCUCCUCCUUUUACUGGUAAAAAAGUUGCUCAUCAUACUCAUAGCGUGCCAAAUCCAAUCAUCACCAUCACUGAGCAUUCACCAGUUGCAUCAGUGCAGUUCUUUCUUAACCAGGACUCAGCAGAAAGUCCCCAAGAAGAAUCCCCACCUGCUUCUGCAUUAGUUCCUCCUUGCCAUCAGUUUUAUAUUACCAGAAGCCAAACAGAUUCAAACAUUACCUACACACCAGAAGAUCUCCAGGAAGCUCCAGGCUCAGCUCACUAUAUAACUAAAGAUGGAGAGAUCAGCUACAUUGUGGUUUUGAAGGCUAUACAUGCAGUGACUUUACGAGAAAAUGCUUGCUCUUUACGAGUUUGUGAGGUGAUCUUAAAUUUGAUAGAGCUUUUACUGUCUUUGGGACUCUUGCCAAAGAAAGAACCUAAGGAAAAAGCUGAACAAGAGCAUAAAAUUCCUUCAGAGAAGCCUACAGAAAGUGGUGGGGCUACUGGAAGUGCAACUAUGGAAGAACCCUCUAUUAAACAACCAUACAUGGAAAAAUCUAAAAGCAACUCGGAUAAGAAGAAUGAAGAACUGACAGUUCAUAACUUGUUUAUGAAUGUUGUUCUACGGGUGAUAAAGCAUUUGGGAUGUCCACAUGGUUGUGGUGAGGGUCAUCGAUCUCCUAUUGCUGAUGUACUGCGAACCCAGACCUUGAAUAUACUUACUCGUCUGGAUCAAGCUGACCCAUUGCAGUUUCGAAAGUUUCUAAGAAAUAUGAUAAACCAACAUGCCCUCACGGAAGUUUUAGAUUUUUUUCAUUCAUUUGUAGGUUUUUGCUCUGAGCAAGGAACACUUCUUUCACCUUUAAAUCAGAAACGCUCGGGUACAGUCCCUGGUCAGGAUAAUGGCUAUGCUAACAAUUUUGGAGGAGGGCUUACAUCUGUAUAUGGUAAAGGUCCAGCAGCAGCAGUUUUAGGUCAUGUUUUUAAACCGUUAGUAACCAGACUGGUUCAAAACAUGAAGGACUUGAAAAGCCAAGAAAACAUGGCUUUGUAUUGUGAUAUUCGACAACUAAUGACAUACAUUCGAGAUAACCAUGGAGGAGUUUUCCGAAGAGUUGCACUGAGUGGUUUGUUAGAUAGUGCUGAUAGACCACACAAAAAAGACCAGUCAUCAACCCCAUCCACAAGAAUAGUGAG